CCCUUCCAUUUUAUCAGGUAUACGAAUCUAGUGUGUCUCCCAGAAUUCAUUUCAGACGCGUCCCCUGGAAGCAGUUGUUGGAUUACGGGAUGGGGAACAUUGAGCUCAGGUGGCUCACAGCCAGACCUCCUUCAACAGGCCUCUGUACCAAUAGUUGAUCAGAGGACAUGUAAAAAUUCUUAUCCCAAUGAGAUCGAUUCGUCUAUGAUCUGUGCUGGACUGAAGCAAGGAGGAAUUGAUGCUUGUCAAGGUGAUUCUGGUGGACCAAUGGUGUGUGAGAAUGGAGGCAGAUUCUACCUUCACGGUGCCACCAGCUGGGGAUACGGUUGCGCAUCUCCUGAUAAGUACGGCGUCUACGCACGCGUCAAGUACCUGCAUUCUUGGCUCAAAAACAAAAUGGCCAACAACUAAAACUCCUUGCUGAAGACCUCAAUGACUAAUGACUGUCAACUGAGGACAUUUUGAUUAUGGGUUCCCUGUGGUUAAGCGUUCUUAUAAAUGCAUGUAUUGAUCUUCGUUAAUUAAAUGAAAAAUAAUUAAAAUAAAUAAAUGCCUUGAACGAAG